GGCGACACUGACUGGCAUUGAUAGGUGGCACUGACUGGCACUGAUGGGUGACACUGAAAGGCAGCUCAGAUGGGCACUGAUAUGUGGCAUUGAUGUGCACUGAUGGGCACUGGCAGGUAGCAUGGAUGAGCACUGACAGCUGGCACUGAUGGACACUGACAGGUGGCACUGCUGGGGCUACACAAAUCAUCAGGGCACACUGAUUAUCAGUGCCCUGAUGCGGCUCUCCUCUCGAGCUGUCAGUGUGACAGCUCGUGAGGAGAGAAAUGCUGAUAACCGGCAUUUCCCUGUUUACAUGUGAUCA